UCUCAUGAGUAUAAACAAACAAGACUUUUCUUCAAGUGGGGUGUGAGCUUUCCAUACCAAGUUUAAUUGCAAGUCAGAAAGCAAAAUAGAGGAACAAGAACACUCUUCAUACUCAUUGCACUCGUAGAGUUGUAGUAGUAGCUGUCACUGCUUUGGACACCAAAAAUGAGCUAUGGACAUCCUUACAUGGGUUCAGGUAGCCGAACUGCUCGAAGAACUUUUGAGUUCGGGAAGACACAUGUAGUGAGGCCAAAAGGAAAACACCAAGCCACCAUAGUAUGGCUGCAUGGUCUUGGUGAUAAUGGUUUGAGCUCAUCUCAGCUCCUGGAAUCUCUUCCACUUCCAAAUAUAAAAUGGAUUUGCCCAACUGCUCCUACCCGUCCUGUGGCCAUACUUGGAGGCUUUCCUUGCACUGCAUGGUUUGAUGUGGGAGAACUCUCAGAAGAGGGUCCGGAUGAUUGGGAAGGUUUAGAUGCCUCAGCAGCACACAUAGCUAACUUGCUGUCAACAGAACCAGCUGAUGUGAAAGUUGGAAUAGGAGGGUUCAGUAUGGGUGCAGCAAUAGCACUUUACUCUGCAACAUGUUUUGCUAUGGGAAGGUAUGGAAAUGGCAUCCCAUACCCUGUCAACUUAAGAGCUGUUGUUGGACUAAGUGGCUGGCUUCCAGGCUCAAGGAGCUUAAGGAACAAGAUAGAAGUGUCACAUGAAUCAAGAAGGCGAGCUGCUUCAUUACCCAUGUUGCUGUGUCAUGGAAUAUGUGAUGAUGUAGUUCCAUGCAAAUAUGGAGAGAAAUCAGCCCAAUGCUUAUGUUCAGCAGGAUUUCGAUAUGUUGCAUUCAAAAGCUAUGAUGGGAUUGGUCACUAUACAGUUCCAAGAGAGAUGGAUGAGGUAUGCAACUGGCUUAACUCCAAGCUAGGCCUUGAGGGAUCUCCAUAACAAGUUUGUAUGGAGAUGCACAAAGCAUAAGCACAAGUAGAUAUAGAUCAUGGCAACAGUUCUUGGGGUAUAGAUAUAUAUAUAUAUAUAUGUAUGUAGGAGAGAUUUCAUUUUCUGGGGUCCCUUUUUGUCUUGUUCCUGAGCAGCAAUAAGAGUUAUCAAUGUGUUUUCUAUGUAUUUCUCUAACUAUUAUUAUUCUAGAGCCUAGACACUUGGACACUUGUAUUAUCUUAUGGGAGAGCUUUGUAGUUUUAAUUUUAAUGAUUGUAAGAGAUUUGCAGUUUUAAUUA